AUGCUCGAAGACAAAAGAAAUUAUUUAUAUUUUGUUUUUCUGAGAAGCGUUUUAAAUGAUGUUCAAACAGCAAUUAAAUCAUUUGAAAGUGAAAAUUCUAAUCCAUUAAAACUUCUCAAUACACUCACUACACUGAUAGAAUCAGUGAGCCAGAGAAUUUUAAUGCCAAGACCUGUAAACAGAAACUUAUUAGAUCCAAUAACUGACAGGGAUAUUAACCCUAGGCCUUAUCCUGGCUACUUGUUUGAAACUGCUCAUCAUAAUUUAGACUGCGAAAUUUUAAAUGCAAUACGACAAUGCUGCUCCGCCUUCUUACUGCAAUUAUUUAAGGAAUUGCAACAAAGGCUUCCAGACAACUACAAGCAGCUAGAAUUAAUGGCGUUGCUAAGUCCAGAGGAGGCAAUAAAACCAAUCAAGUCAAACACUAUCAUCGACGUUGCUGAAAUUUUGGGAUUUAUUUAG